GAAUGAUGAACUACUAUGAACUAUUUCUGCUCUUAUAAUGACUCAAGAUCUAGCAGUUGUUAGUGAACAAUUUGCCAGUGCCGUCGUUUGGAAUCUAGAUGCUAUACACAUUUACAAAUUGAUGCUGCCUGACUUUCUUCAUUUACCACUAAAUUAGCUCUAGAUCUGAAUUACUUCAAGGAAAAUAUGUUGCAGUCCUAAUGAACUACUUUGUAUUUCUCAAAAGAUCCUCAAAGCUUGAAGUUUGAGCAGAUUUAGGACUACAUCAUUCUGUCAUUAUUUAUUAGGUAGAGUUCUACAACAUGAAAACUGACAGCAGUUGAUUGUGGUUGAAAGACAUGGCAAAAUUCAUGAAAUCAGCAUUUCAAAAUCCACUUUCUUUCUAUGGAAUUCUAUUAAUUGAAGUACUAGCUUACAGUUCUUAUGGUGUAUUUAUCAAUUUGAGUCGUGUAAAUGGAAUUAUAAUGUAUAAAUCUUCUUCUUUGGUCUUACUUUUAGAAAUAAUCAAAUUUACAAUAAGUUUUAUGAUCUUGUGGUCUGAAAAGAACAAACUUAACUACAAGCAAAUCAAGUUCAGAUCUGUCAUUUCAUUUAGUUUGCCUGCGUUAUGCUAUGGAAUCAACAACAAUUUAGCUGUCUACAUGCAAGAUCAUAUGGACCCUUCAACUUUUCAGGUUCUUUGUAAUUUAAAAAUAGUAUCUACAGCUGUUUUAUACAGAUUGAUUAUGAACAGAAAGUUGAAAUUUGUACAAUGGCUGUCUUUGACACUACUGACAUUAGCUGGUAUGCUGAAUAGUUAUAUCGGAAUGAAAGAUAAACCCCAGAGUUUGAAUGACGUCUACCUGACACCAGUUGGAUUGUCAUUAACUCUAGUCUACUGCUUCCUAUCAGGUCUAGCUGGAGUCUACACAGAGUAUAUUCUCAAAAAAGAGCCAAUGACAUUACUUUCACUUCAAAAUUGUUAUCUAUACAUAUUUGGAAUUCUGUUCAACUUCACUUUCUGGUAUACACAAACUGCUGAAGAUGAAAGUUUGUUCCAAGGUUUUACGCUGUAUACAUGGCUGGUUCUUCUAACUCAGGCAGCUAGUGGACUAAUUAUGUCUGCUGUUAUGAAGUACAGCAGUAAUAUAGUUAGACUAUUUGUCAUUACUUCGGCUAUCCCAGUGGCAACAAUUAUUUCCAUAGUCUUGUUCAAUUUUCAACCUGGUCUAGAAUUUUAUGCUGUUAUUAUUCUAGUCGUAGUUUCUAUUGUUUUGUAUUCACUAAAACUCUAAAAAAGG